AGCAAUUCGAUAUUUCUGAUGAUGUAACCUUUGUGCCUGGCAUGGCUGCCCGUACUGAUGAUGGCGGAGAGCCCUUGGCUAUCGCCGACGUCAAUGGUGCCAACGAUAAAGAGGUACGGGUUUCGAUUAGCGGUCAACAGACUAGCAUCAAGCAGAGAGUGAAAAGCACAGGAUGGAAGUUUUCUGACCUGUCAGGCGCCGCAUAUAAGUGGAUAGUUCAAACAAGGAGACAGGCUGGCAGCUGCAUGACCGUCGAGGGAAUGCAGUUGCUGGUUUUCGAUGGCAACCAGUUUUGGUACUGCGGCUACGCAAAUUUAACCAUAGACGAGAAUGUUAGCGAAGAGCUACGCCUGCUUGCACUGCUUUCCUGGGCUCUAAGUGCGAUAACUACCUUUGGCAGCAGGCCUGGUAAUGGCUCCAAGGCCAGGGUAUCUACCACAGUACUGGACAUAUUGUCGAAUACACCGCAUCAUGAGCACCAAAAAUGUUCUAACCGGAUUUCUAUUAAGCUGGCUGUGGAGUGAUUCUAACUCGAGUGCAACGGGAACAGGAUGCUUGAGUACUUAUUAGUCUGCUACAUACUUCAAUACCAUUCACAUUCAAAAACAAUGCACAGUCGGAAGGAUGGAACAGUGGCGCAGGUGCCUGCCUGCUGG